GCUACGCCAUACCCAUUAAGUUCCUCGACUAUGGAGACGGUUUUAUUUUCCAAUGGGCUGAGUGCACGGCUAUUCUGGUGGUCGGCCUCAUUACGGAGAUGGCGAUCGGCACUUACAAGAUAUAUCCGGAAGUGAUAGUCGGCGGAAUGCUCUGGUGCCUCGGGAACCUUACGUUCGUGUGGGUCGUGAAAACCGUGGGCAUAGGCAUGGGGAUGUUGAUAGGUAACGUGUUCAACACGGUUGCGGCGUGGACGUGCGGUCAUUUCGGUUUGUUGGUCCCGGCUGAGCCGAGCGCGCGGCCGGCGUUGGACUAUUCUGGCCUUGCCGUUAUUCUGCUGUCCGGAGUGCUGCUGAGUUUCGUCGAGCAGAAUGGGAACGGGGCGGAUUUGGAUUCGCGCCGAGGCGAGCAGCUGUCGGAGAGGAGCCCGAUGCUGGAGAGGGAGCCGAGUCAGGUUGGCGGCUACGCCCGUUCUAGAUGGAACAGGAGGAUUGGGUUCGUGCUCGCGGCGAUUUCGGGGGUGUUGUUUGGACUUAACAUGGUGCCCGUGACGCGCAUGCAGGCCGAAUACCCGGAUGAUUCCUUGUUGGAGUUUGCCUUCUCGCAUUUCAUCGGGGCGUGGUUUACGUCUGCGCUGAUUUUGAUUUUGUACUUGGUGGCCAAGGGGAACAGGCCGUAUGUGAACGGACAGUUGUUUUUGGUGCCGAUGGGGUGCGGAGUGGUGUGGGCGGUGGGGCAGUUGGCGGGGUUCGUGGCGAACGCGGAGUUGACGUUGACGGUGAGCUAUCCGAUUAUUUCGACGUUGCCUGGAGCGGUGGCGACGGCUUGGUCGGUUUUCUUGCUGAGGGAGAUUAGUGGGUUGCGCAACUACGUGAUUUUGGGGUCGGCGUUUACGCUGAUGACCGUGGGAAUUAUUUGCACGGCGAUGUCAGGAUAGGAUAGGGGGCGGAUUCGCGCGA